GCUACGCCUCUACACCAGUGAUCAAGGAGGUGAUCGAGCUACUCGAAUAUCCAGAGAUGCCGCAGGAUGAUGAUGUCAGCAUCGACGACCUGCUGACCGCGCGCCAACGCAGCCGCCAAACAACACCUGUGACCUCAGCUCCGACAGCUAGAGGCUCCCAGUUGGGGGGUAAGAUGGCUGACAACGCACUCGAAUCUGACAACACACUGCUAACCUCUACAUUACCUGAGGAGGACACAAUACACAUAGUUCCUAAGGGCUACUACCAACAAGAUUGUCUUAGGCAAGCGCAAUUAAAAGCUAAGGGAUCUAAACAACUUUGUAGUAUAGAUCUACGCAGCAAGGAUAGGACCUAAGCCUCUUGUUAAUUACCUGUGAGCGUUCUUAACUAAGAUCCUCUCUAACAGAGCCUCAGCUAGCGCAGAUAAAGUACUACAAAUCUAUUAGUCACAGCUGCCACCUCUGCUAAAGUUAGAAAACUGUCUUAAUACACACAUGUUCAGCAAUCAAUUCUAACGUGCUAUAGAGAUUAAAUAGCAAGAUCUAUGCGCUAAAGGUGUCUUUAGACAGACAGAG